UACCAACUGAGCUGAGCCAAUCUUUUGUGGGUGCACGUGUAAGAUGAAGUUAACCUUGUUGUUCCAUUGACGCUAAUCCUAGUUAAAAAAUCGGACGAAAUAAAUCGUAAAACGUGGGAAAAAAGCAUAAGUAGCUAGAUUAACAAUGGGAAAAGUAGGACCACGUUUAAACAGCAGACAAAAGGCGAAACGUUGGGCGAAGGGACAGAGCUCAAGUUCUAAUCCGGAAACGAAAAAACAUCGUGAACAAGCAGCAUGGAUGUUUUUCAAAGAUACACCAGCCAAGCCUGGUUUGACAAAAGAGGAUUUAGAGAAGCACGAUGCUAUUCAAAGCAUUGGUCCUCAGUUUGAGAAACUUGAUAUCGAUGAAGAUCAUUCAGACACUCAAACAGAAACUACAACUAAAACGUUUGACACAUUUGCUAGUAAUUAUAGCAAUUGCUCCAACAUAUCCUUUAACAAGUUUUUAACUCAUUUUCAGUCAAAGUCACUUUUACACAAAGAAAUGUUAGCUGUAUUGUCAGCAGUCACAGAAGUAAUCAAGCAGAAUGGUGGAGAUGAAUCUUCCACAGAAUAUUUUGCUGCUUUGAUGAGUACUCUGGAGGCAAUCGAAUCAGAAACAUCAAUUGCAGCUACCCUUUCUCUGCUAGGAAUGGGCUUAAAAACUGUACCCAAAAAUGUUUUGAAUGUACAGUUUAGUGCAGCCAGUAAAGUAUUUUUGAAUAUUUUGAAAAAUUACGCCUCAUCAGAAGAAUUCUUAAUACUACGUCAUUGUAUCCAUUGUUUGUCCCUACUUCUUCGGUCAUUAGAAGAGGCUACAUGGUCGAAUUCGUCGACUAUGCAAGUGAUUGAUGCUAUUCUAGCAUUUGUCACACACAGUAAGCCAAAAGUAAGAAAAGCAGCUCAACAUGGAAUAUGUGCCAUAUUGAAAGGAAGUGAAAUCAUGAAUAAGGAAGAUCCACCAUUGUAUCAUCCGUGUUCACCACGGGUUGCAAAACACUGUUUCAACUCAUUACAAGUUAGUUCGGAGCCUGGUAGUGUCACUACUGUACUUCAUGUACUUACACUAUUGAAAGACAUUACUCAUCAGUUACCAAAACCGCAUGUGAAGAUGAUUUGCGAAUCAUUGUUAAAAAUUAUGGCAAUGCAGAACGUUUUAGUAACGUCGUGUUGCUUUCAAACCUUCCAUGGUUUAUUUGUUUCUCGACCUCCAGAAGCUAUUCUGCCGGUUCAAAGAAACGCACAACUAAUUAAUGUACUCUAUAACUAUCAGCCCCCUUCAACAGAUACACAACCAAUCCUUGCGUGGUUGACAGUCAUGCAAGAAGCUCAUUUGUGUUUGGCUAACAAUUCGUUGAAUUUCUGUGCAGCUAUUUUGCCACAGAUGUUGUCGGAAUGCGUACAACUUUGGCUUUCUGAUAAAUCAGAAGUUAUAUCUGGCACAUCACACACUAUGAAGAUAUUGUUACAAGAUUGUGUUGGGAAAAUGUGUGAAACUCCAGAACUCAUGAAAAAGUAUAACACUGUGAUCGACCAAGUAAUCGUCGUGAUGCUUAAAGCUCUAAAUUUCCAAUACUUGGAAGCUUGGUAUUAUAUUCUACACUUAACAGCCCUACUCUUCCAGAUAACUGGUAAAACGAGGUGCCCUAAAUUAAUAGAUGUAUUGAAAUCUUUAUCAGAUUUACGCGAUUGUUAUAAUUUUGCCUCUAAAAAUGACGCUGAGUAUGCUAUCGGGGCCGCUAUAAGAUCAUUGGGACCAGAUAGUGUACUCAAUGUAAUUCCAUUGAAGCUGACAAAUUGUGAUAUCAAUUUAAAAAGAACCUGGCUACUGCCACUGUUAAAGGACUGCAUAACAGAAGGUUCAUUAAGCUUUUUCAUCAACACUUUGCUACCACUAGCUGAAAUAUGCGAGACAAAGUCUACUGGGCAAACAGGAGGAAAAAGCUAUGAAUUUUUGCUUAUUCAAAUAUGGGCUGUUCUGCCAAGUAUCUGUCACAAUGCCACAGACGUAAAAGAUAAUUUUCAGAAUAUUGCUAAACUGUUGGGAACGACUUUUACCAAUAAGAAAGAGUUAAGGUUCUAUGUAAUGUCUGCCAUAAGAAAAUUAAUUGCUAAAGCCGUGGCAGAUAAUAAAGAAGAAGAUGUGGCAGAACUUGCCAAAUAUGCAAAAAAUUUUGUACCGCUACUUUUAAAUCAGUAUACAAUUAAACCAAAUGGUACUGACGAAGAAGGCCAGCGCCUUGCCGCAUAUGAGACACUUAAGAUGUACCUUUCUAUUACAAGCAAAGAAUUAAUAAAUGAAUUGUACGAUCGUGCACUGGCUAGGUCGAAUGAACCUGAUGCUGACGAUUUCUUUAAAGAAAGUGUUCACGACAUAAUAAGACUAUUAAUUGAAUACACAGAUGUUGAUAGAUUAAAAACUUUUUACGACAUAUGCAUUCCGGCCAUUAAAACAAGUCCCAAAAUGAAAGAACAGAAAAAAGCAUACAGAUUUUUGGAAGAAAUAUGUAGUAGUACAAAAGAAACAUGCCAAACAUUUAUACAACAGCACAGACGUGAAAUACAAAAAUUAUUAAUGUCUUCGGCAGCAGAGGUUGCAAAACCCUGCAGUGGAGCUCGAUUGAGAUGUUUGACGCAUAUGGUCAAAAUCAAUCCACAAUUGGAGAACAGUAAAUUCCUAGAAGCUGUGGUACCCGAGACGGUACUGCAUUUAAAAGACACCAACACGAAGUGUCGAAUUUCUGCCUAUCGACUUUUGAGCUCCAUAGCAGAGAAAUUUUUAGGUAAUCCAGAACAUCUGAAGAGUUAUGUAAACAUGUUAAUGGUUGGUUUGGGAGGCACACAAAAAUAUUGUACUGUUUCUAUAUUGGCACUUGCAUCUCUUACUUAUCACUUUAAUGGAUCACUAGGAGUAGAAACAAUUAAGGAAAUAUUAGAGUAUGCAUGUAAGCUUGUUUCGAGUCCCACAAGAGAAGUUACAGAGUCUUCAUUAUCUUAUAUUAAAGUAUAUCUUACUAGUAUGCCAAGUCCAAUUGUUGCAUCAACCUUACCUAAAUUGGUGGAAGCUAUAUGUAGUAUGACUGAGGAUUGCCAGAGGCACUUCCGGCAGAAAGUAAGAGACAUCCUAAUAAAAUUAUUAAGGAAAUAUGGAAUGGAGGCGAUCUCGGGUAUGAUACCUUCUUCCAACGUAGUACUGCAUAAGAGGUUGAAGAAUUUAAAUAAAUUGGAAGAAACGAAGAAGAAGAACAGGGAACUAAAGAAAUCGAAACAAGACAAGGAAGAAGAUGAGUUCAAUGCAACAAGGAGACCGAAGAGCAUCGAGGAUAUAUUGGCUGAUAGCGAGGAAGAGUAUGACGGCAUGGAAAAUGUAGAACCAAAGAAAAAUAAGAAGCGUACAUCAAGAAAAGAAGCAUGGAUUCAGGAAAAUGAGGAAAUUAUUGAUCUUAUUGAUCCUGCGGCUGCUAGGAAUAUUUCUACUACACAACCCGGAUCUCUAAGAUCAAAUGCAGCAAGAUCGAAGACGAAGGAUCGUGGAUUCAAGACAGCUUCAGAUGGACGUUUAAUUAUCACAGUUGAUCAUGAAAGAGAUGAUGAGGUCACUAAUAUCAAGAAAAGGAAAACACCAUUUUUACAUAGCGAUUCAGAAGAUGAUUAUGAGGAUGUCGAUGAUGCUGAAUCUGCAGCCACAACACAAGCAAUGGGUAGAAAGCGUAAAUAUACAGACAGCUUUGAUAAUGUUAGCGCAAAGAGUUCAACUACGUCGAAAUAUCAAGCUGGUGGAUCAGGUAUCCAUAGACCAUUGAAAAAGGACAAAGUGAAACACACACCAGGAAUGGAAUACAAAGCACAAAAAGCUAAAGGUGACAUUAAAAAGAAAGGGAAACCAGACCCGUACGCAUACAUACCUUUGUCACGAUCAGCAUUGAAUAAGAGGAAAAAGAAGAAGAAUGCAACAAAAUUCCAAGGUAUCGUCAAAAGUGCAAAGAAAGGUGCACAAAUUGGUACAAAGAAUAAAAAGCAAAUGAAAUAGAUUAGAGACUACUUAUUGAUAGAUUCACCAGAAUUUAAAAUGAAUUUGAUCAUGCUUCUAAUACAUAUUGAGAUUUUAAUUAAAAAAGAGAUUUGUACAAAUGUGACUACAACAAACUACAACUACAAUAGACUGGAACGUAAAUCAAUAGAUAAUGUACAUUAAAUUGUUAAUAAAUAAAUACAAUUGAGCAACUUAAAUACUUUUUUAAAAUAAAGUAUGAUUAUGAAAACAGUAUGUGUACUCUUUUCAUUAUAAUACAGGAUUUAUAGCAAAACCAUUUUUGUGCGACUUAUUUUAUUUAUUAUUACGCAUUUUAACAAAUCAAUAUUUCUAUAACUGGUACGAAAUAAUUCGAGAAUUAAGAUAUUAAAGUAGUGAUCAAUCAUUGUCAUGUCUGGAAGAAAAACAAUUGUCCAAAAUGUACAACCUAGUACUUGAUUACUAGUACAGAAUAUAUUUUAUAAUAAAAAAUAAUUCUGAAU